CCGUCAAAUCGGAGUUGCAAUAUAUACUGUCCAUUAAAAAGACGCGCUGUGGGAAAGUGAAGACCCUCAGGAAGAGAUUUGUAGCUGUAUCAUUUUCCUACGUGACGCGGUCUCUUACCCUUUUGUUCUUUGUCUCCUACAGUACAUUCAUCCUUGGACUUGGGUUGGACGGCUUCACCUUUCUGCGUAACUACCCACUCUGUCCCUCAAUCCAUCUCGCCCAGAAACAACCCUCUUCUCAUACAGUACCACCAGCCAGACUUGUACCGUCAUUUGUUCCGAAAAAUGGCACAAAAGACAUCCCAGACUCCCACGAGGAAACUCACCCGGGCCGAAGUGGCCAAGAACAACACCGAGGACAGCGUCUGGUGCAUCAUCGACCACAAGGUGUACGACGUCACGGACUUUCUCGACGCGCACCCGGGCGGGAGUGUGGUGUUGCAGCAGGUAGCGGGCCAGGACGCGACGUCGGCCUUUUACAACCUCCACCGCCACGAAGUCCUGCAAAAGUAUCAGAGUCUGUGCAUCGGCACGGUCGAGGGCGAAGAACCGGAGGUGGUCGACCCCCGCCCGGGAGACCUCUCGACCGUACCCUACGGUGAACCGCUGUGGCUGACCCCGGCCUACAAGAGUCCGUAUUAUGGCGAGUCGCACCGCCGGCUUCAGCGAGCCGUGCGAACCUUUGUGGACGAGGACAUUUACCCGGAGGCGCAGGAGAAGGAGCUGGACGGCUCGUACAUCUCUCAAGGUCUCGUGGACAAGAUGGCCCGGAACAACAUGCUCGCCAUGCGCCUGGGACCGGGCAAGCACCUGCACGGCCGGGAGUUGAUGGGAGGCGCCGUCGACCCGCAAGAGUUUGACUACUUCCACGACCUGAUCGUCGCGCAGGAACUGACCCGCGGGAUGGCGAGAGGGUUCCAGGACGGCAACAUGGCCGGCAUGAUGAUCAGUCUGACGGCCGUGAGGCAGUGGGCCAACGACGCCGCGCUGAGGGACCGGCUGACGCACGAGUGCCUCACCGGGAAAAAGUACAUGUGUCUGGCCAUCACCGAGGCCUUCGCCGGCAGCGAUGUCGCGGGCAUCAGGACGACGGCGAAAAAGACGGCGGACGGAAAACAUUAUAUCAUCAAUGGAACCAAGAAAUGGAUCACCAACGGCAUGUUCGCCGACUAUUUUGUCACAGCGUGCAAGACAGAAAAGGGAAUCAGUGUCAUCAUUGUACCGCGCGACGACAACGUCGAGACCAAGCGCAUCAAGACAUCCUAUUCGACAGCCGCGGGUACGGCGUUUAUUCAAUUCGAAAACGUCAAGGUUCCCGUGAACCACCUCCUGGGCAAGGAAGACAACGGCUUCAUCGUCGUCAUGAGCAACUUCAACCACGAACGGUGGGCCAUUACGGGCCAGGUGAUCCGCUGGAUGCGCACCGUCGUCGAGGAAUGCCUCAAGUGGACGCACCAGCGCAUCGUGUUCGGCAAGCCUCUCAUCACACAGCCCGUCAUCCGCCAAAAACUGGCCAAGAUGAUCAGUAUGACCGAGGCGUGUCAGAGCUGGAUCGAAAGCAUCACCUAUCAGAUGUGUAAUAUGAGUUAUGCCCAGCAGAGUAAACUUUUGGGUGGACCGAUUGGCUUCUUGAAGAGCUAUUCCACCAGAUGUGCGCACGAGAUCGCCGACGAUGCCGUGAAUAUCUUUGGUGGUAGGGGUAUCACGCAGUCCGGCAUGGGACGUGUCGUGGAGCAGUUCCACCGCAUCUACAAAUUCGAUGCUAUCCUCGGAGGUGCCGAGGAGGUCCUGGCCGAUCUUGGUGUGCGGCAGGCCAUGAAGCAGAUGCCUAAAGCCAUGUUGUAG